AGCUUGAGAACUACGUCUCGACACAAUGGGACUUCUAGCACUUGGAACAGCGCUGGAAUGGCCGGAAGCCAAGAAAAAGGCGGGCCAAGUACGCCAGUGGGGUAUCGAGCAAUUACUUGCCAAUUGGCGCAGGGCACGAGGCAAAGAACGCGAUGCUCUUCUGUGGGGCGACGAGAUUGAAUACCUCGUGGUAGCUCUGGACGACGCGGCGAAGAAGGCACGGCUAUCUCUAGCCCAGGCUGAGAUCCUGAUAUCACUUGCAAGAGACGAGGAGUUGUGGAAGUCUGGCUCCGGCAAGCGCAGUGCAACUGGAGACCAUGAAGGAGAGGAGCCGCCUCAUUUCCACCCCGAAUUUGGAAGGUUCAUGUUGGAGGCUACUCCUGGACAGCCUUGGGGAAUCGGGUUUAAAGACCUCCUCAAGGUGGAGUCCAAUAUGAAGUGGAGACGAGAAGUUGCGAAAGCACACAUGGCUCCGAAUGAAGUCCCCAUCACCCUCACAACUUUCCCUCGGCUAGGAACCAAUGAUGACUACAUCCAGCCAUAUUAUCCCCCAUCUGGGCCAGCUCUUCGCUCGCAGUUUGUUCCUGAUGAGAUUGCCAAUCCCCAUAUUCGAUUCCCUACUCUGGCUGCCAACAUUCGAUCCCGAAGAGGUCGCAAGGUUGAACUGAAUGUACCGGUUUUCCAUGACGCAAAUACGCCCAGGCCAUUCAAGGAUCCAACAGUUAACUACGACCUUCAUAAUUGGCCCGAGGAUGAUGACGUCCGCAACGGCGCAGCCAAAGAUGACCAUGUCUACAUGGACGCCAUGGCAUUUGGAAUGGGCAGCUGUUGCUUGCAGAUCACCUUCCAGGCAAAGAAUAUGACAGAGGGCAGAAGACUUUAUGAUCAACUGAGUCCUUUGGGGCCUAUUCUUCUAGCCCUGACCGCCGCUACACCCAUCUAUAAGGGUUUCCUAGUGGACACAGAUGUACGAUGGAACCAAAUUGGCAAUGCAGUCGAUGAUAGGACGCCCGAAGAACUUGGCGAAGCUCCUCUCAAGAACGACCGGUGGAGAAUUCCCAAGUCGCGAUAUGCCUCUAAUUCGACUUACAUAUCCCAGGAUCCUCGUCUCCGGAAAGAAUAUUUCGAUCCUGAUCUAGUUGUUGAUGAGGAUAUUAAGAAGCGCCUUAUGGACGGGGGAAUGGAUGAUCUACUCGCGACGCAUUUUGCACACUUGUUUAUCCGUGAUCCCUUGGUCAUUUUCUCUGAGGAUCUUGAAGAACUGGAUCUUAACAAGAGUGACCACUUUGAGAAUUUACAGUCUACUAAUUGGCAGCACAUGCGUUUCAAGCCGCCGCCACCUGAUAAGGAUGAUAUCGGCUGGAGAGUCGAGUUCCGGUCCAUGGAGAUCCAAAUCACAGAUUUCGAAAACGCCGCAUUUAGCAUUUUCAUCGUGCUCAUCACUCGUGCCAUCCUGAGCUUCGAUCUCAACUUCUACAUCCCGAUCCAGCGUACUACAGAGAAUAUGGAGACGGCGCACGCUCGCAAUGCUGUUCUUGAUCGGAAGUUCUGGUUCCGCAAGGAUCCCUUCCCUCGCAGGGUGCCCAGAAGCGCACAGCACUCGGCGAACGGCAGCACCUUCUCAUCUACGACAUCGUCGGCUAUUAACACUCCGCCUCCAUCGCCUCCUCUUGGCCCUGUUGAGACAGAGUUUGAUCUCAUGACCAUCGAUGACAUCGUAAAUGGAUGCACAGAUGGAUCAUUCCCGGGCCUCAUCCCGCUUGUGGAGUCCUACCUCAACAGCGUGAAUGUUGACGUCGAGACAAGAUGUUUCCUGGCCAGCUAUCUGGAUUUGAUCCGGAAGCGGGCGAAUGGCACUCUUUGGACUGGGGCUCGUUGGAUGCGUGAGUUUGUAGCUAAGCAUCCUAGCUACAAGCACGACAGUGUUGUGUCCGAGGAGAUCACCUACGAUCUAGUGAAGGCGGUUGAGGAGAUGACUGCCAAAGAAGGCAAAAACGGAUCAGUCGGAUGGGAACUUCUUCGAGGCAAAAAGGUCUAG